AUGGCUCUAGAUGUCCUCGGUGUGGCCCCUCUCUACCAGGGCCCCGACAUCAACAGAAUGAGGCUGACAGCAGAGCCAUCCAGGAAGCCAGCCUCCCUGCUAAAACCCUUGGUCCCCUCUAAGUCCAAACUCACCACCAUUGAGACCAAGAGGGUCGUGUCCGUACUGGACGAGACCAUCCACAAGGUGGAGUUGGUGACCCUGCUGUCCUAUGUGAGUGCCAAUUAUGAGACUCUGGAGGGGAUGCUGGGGGAGGACAUCAUGAAGGCUGUGAGAGAGCACGAGAAGGUCUGCCACAGCCUCCUGGACAGUGUCAUUUACCUGCAGGAUAAAGAAAGGCGACUGCAGGAGGAAGAAGAGUUCGAGGAGGAAGGGUGGUUCAGAGACCGCUUCCUCUCCAUGGAACUGCAGAAAUCCCACCUCCUGCCCCUUAUGCAACAGAUCAAAGAAUCCACCAAGGACAUCCUGAGACUCUUGCUCAAUAACCCACAGGUGGUGAGGCUCUUGCAGAUGCACACCCUGAGCAGAAGCGCUGAAGCCCAGAAUUUCAUUGACUGCCUGAUAGAACUGCGGGGUUUCCUGUUUGAGAGGCUACUCACAAGUCCCGUGGAAGCUAGAGACAAGACUCAGUUCAUACAGGAUAUCAAUAGACGGAACAGGAGGAACCAAGAAAUCAUUGAGACUCUUGAAAAUGAAUUGGCGGCGAGCAUGAAGAGCAGGGACACAGAGGUGGAGAAAGAGAACUUUGUGAUCCAAGAACUGAAAAACCACCUGCACCAGGUGCUCAAGCUCUCGGAGAACAGCCUUCUUCGCACCAAGCAGGAGGCCGAGAAGCAGCAGAAGGCCGACUUCCGGGCCUCACAGGCCAGGGUGGCCAAGAUCCAGCAGGAGUUACUGAUGCUGAGGUCCCAAUACCACAACCUGGUUGUGGAAAACCGGGAGGCAGAGCAGGCGCUGAGGAAGAAGAAAUAUAAAGUGGAGACGGAAAUCGAGAACUGGAUCCAGAAGUAUGACAUGGAGAUGGGUGAGAAGCAGGAAGAGUACGAGGAGCUUGACAUCAUCCAUAAGGAGGAGAAGGUCCAGCUGGAGGAGCUGAAGCAGAAGCACAACGUACUAGUGGAGGAGUUCUCUCAGAUCCAGGCCGAGCGGGAGGUCAAUGCCAAGAAGAGAACAGAGGCCGAGCAGGAGAUGCUGCGCAUGGUGCGGGCUGCCACGCUCAUCCAGGCUUUGUGGAAGGGCUACCUGGUCCGCUCCAUGCUCAGGUCCAGGAAGAAGAAGCGGAGCAAGAGCAAAGGGAGGGUCAAGGAGAAGGGCAAGGGGAAGGGCAAGGGCAAGGCCAAGGCCAAGGCCAAGAAAUGA